UCGUAUUUCUUACACCACAACACUCAAUAGUAAAUUCAAAACAAAUCAACAUGAAUUUCAAAUUAGCUUUCAUUUUGUUCAUUUCUUUCGGUUUCGUGUCUUUUUCACAUUGCCGAACAGUAAAUGGAUUAAUAGGAUCUAAUCCAUGUACCUGGGGUCCAAGUUACUGGUGUUCUUCACUGAAAGCUGCAACAAAAUGCAACGCUGUACAAUACUGUCAAGAACAUAACAUAGAAUUGACCCAAGAUCAAAUAGUUGGUGACAAACCAUGCACAUGGGGUCCAAGUUACUGGUGUUCUUCAAUGAAAGCAGCUAAAGAAUGCAACGCUGUACAAUACUGUCAAGAACAUAGCAUUGAAUUAACCCAAGAUCAAAUAGUUGGUGACAAACCAUGCACAUGGGGUCCAAGUUACUGGUGUUCUUCAAUGAAAGCAGCUAAAGAAUGCAACGCUGUACAAUACUGUCAAGAACAUAACAUUGAAUUGACCCAAGAUCAAUUAGUUGGUGACAAACCAUGCACAUGGGGUCCAAGUUACUGGUGUUCUUCAAUGAAAGCAGCUAAAGAAUGCAACGCUGUACAAUACUGUCAAGAACAUAACAUUGAAUUGACCCAAGAUCAAAUAGUUGGUGACAAUCCAUGCACAUGGGGUCCAAGUUACUGGUGUUCUUCAAUGAAAGCAGCUAAAGAAUGUAACGCUAUACAAUACUGCCAAGAACAUAACAUUGAAUUAACCCAAGAUCAAAUAGUUGGUGACAAACCAUGCACAUGGGGUCCAAGUUACUGGUGUUCUUCAAUGAAAGCAGCCAAAGAAUGUAACGCUGUACAAUACUGCCAAGAACAUAACAUUGAAUUAACCCAAGAUCAAAUAGUUGGUGACAAACCAUGCACAUGGGGUCCAAGUUACUGGUGUUCUUCAAUGAAAGCAGCUAAAGAAUGUAACACUGUACAAUACUGCCAAGAACAUAGCAUUGAAUUGGCCCAAGAUCAAAUAGUUGGUGACAAUAAAUGCACAUGGGGUCCAAGUUACUGGUGUUCUUCAAUGAAAGCAGCUAAAGAAUGUAACGCUGUACAAUACUGCCAAGAACAUAACAUUGAAUUGACCCAAAAUCAAAUAGUUGGUGACAAUCCAUGCACAUGGGGUCCAAGUUACUGGUGUUCUUCAAUGAAAGCAGCUAAAGAAUGCAACGCUGUACAAUACUGUCAAGAACAUAACAUUGAAUUUACUCAAUCAAAACUGAACAAUCAUCAAAGAGUAGGUGAUAAUCCAUGCACGUGGGGUCCAAGUUACUGGUGUUCAUCACUCGAAGCAGCUAAAAAAUGUCAUACUGAAACCUAUUGUGGUUUUUAAGCGUAAUAAAGCUGUAUUUGUAAUUGAAAUAAAUCAUUCCAAUUUGAGACAAAA